AUGUUGCUUAGGUUACUUGGCGCGUCGUCAGCAGGAUCAAUGAUUCAUAUCACUUGGAUACGACUGAGGAUGAUGAUGGAUUGGAUGGGAUUGAGUAAAGGGUUUGCACCUUUGACGAAAGGUAUUGUACAGCCAUGGAUGAUAUUGGAAUACUCAAGUCAAUGCAUGCAUUUGGAUACUUUGCUGGAUACACUGAUGACCGCACGCUUGAAUGGAGCACCUGAUGUGGAUCAUGUCGAUAGUGUCACAUGGCGUGGGAUCAUGACCAAGAUCUUUUGUACUCCUUUCACUCGCAAUGAACCCUGGAAGCUGCGUGCAACGCGAUGCAAGAAUACCCUCUUUAUGGAAGAGCAAGCAACCGACCAAAAGCUACGAUAA